CCUAAGACAACCAUCCUAUGCACAGAAGUACCCUGUCUACUCUGAACUGAGCAGCUUGAGGUCUCCCGCCCGAUCUCCUUCCACGGUGCAGUUCGCAAUCUUCCGUCGAGAUCUCCACUAACGAAAGAUUUCCAGUAGCUUCGCAGAGAGAACCCUAUCCGCCUUCUAUUUAUCCAGUAAUUUCCGAGCGAACGCACUCUAGGUUCGGUAUUAUCGGUAAGGUUGAAUCAUUUGUUGUUCCGUUCCAAGACAGCGACGAGGAUGAGUUCGGUAGCGCUGGGAUCGGUUUUCCGAGAUGUUGGAUUCCUUCCUAAGAAUGCUCCGAGAAAUUCAGAAGGAAGGAGAUUUUGGAUCAAGGGAUCUGCGGUUACUUCGCCGCAAGGUCUGCAGGCCGCAAACUUGAGACCGAAGAGCUCAACUAAAGCGGUUCGUGUUGGAGUUUUAGGGGCCAGUGGCUAUACUGGAGCUGAGAUAGUCCGUCUUCUAGCAAACCAUCCUCAAUUUUGUAUUACGCUGAUGACUGCUGAUAGGAAAGCUGGUCAGUCAUUUGGAUCAGUAUUUCCUCACUUGAUAACUCAAGAUUUGCCUGAGAUGGUUGCCGUAAAAGAUGCAGAUUUUUCUAAUGUUGAUGCUGUAUUUUGUUGUUUGCCGCAUGGAACAACGCAGGAGAUUAUAAAAGGCCUACCUAACGGGCUAAAGAUUGUUGAUCUGUCUGCUGAUUUUCGGUUACGAAACCUUGGUGAAUAUGAAGAAUGGUAUGGCCAGCCUCAUAAAGCUCCAGAGUUGCAGAAAGAAGCUAUAUAUGGCUUAACUGAGGUUUGGAGAGAGAAAAUCAGGGAUGCUCGACUUGUUGCCAAUCCUGGUUGCUAUCCGACGUCCGUACAACUUCCUCUUGUUCCAUUAAUAAAGGCUCACUUAAUUGAAUUAAAAAAUAUUAUCAUCGAUGCAAAAUCUGGUGUCAGUGGAGCAGGAAGGGGGGCUAAGGAAACCAACCUAUAUGCAGAAAUUUCUGAAGGCAUGCAUGCAUAUGGAAUUUCUAAGCAUAGACAUGUUCCAGAAAUUGAACAAGGACUUUCAGAUGCUUCACAUUCUAAUGUAUCGGUCAGCUUCACUCCUCAUUUGAUACCAAUGAGCCGUGGAAUGCAAUCUACCAUUUAUGUGGAAAUGUCAGUUGGGGUAACUCAUGAUGACUUGUAUCAACACUUAAUGGCCGCUUAUGAGGGUGAAGAUUUUGUUAAGCUACUACAAAAGGGAGCAGUGCCUCACACUCGGAAUGUCCGGGGUUCGAAUUACUGCUUUAUGAAUGUUUUCCCAGAUCGGAUUCCAGGAAGAGCCAUUAUAAUCUCUGUGAUUGAUAAUCUAGUUAAAGGAGCAUCAGGUCAAGCACUACAAAACCUAAAUCUUAUGAUGGGGUAUCCUGAAAACCUCGGCUUGCAGCAGCAACCUCUGUUUCCUUAGCUUAUUUGCUGAAGGUAGCAAAAAUGGAGUUCCUAACAACAUUUUUACCAACAUGAAGGAUACCUUCGUCGAGGUUUUCUCCUGUGAACUGCUUUGUUAAGCCUGUAUCAUGUUGUAUUUUUUGUUAUAAAUAAUAACAUUAUCAAAGUAGUUUUGUUAUGCCGAAUUCGCAUCAAGUGAUGAAAGUUUCCAUGGUUCUUGAGUGUGGACUUAUUACAGGUAGUUUAUGCUGGUCUAAGUUUGGAUAGGGGAAAGAAUGAAUUGAAACUUUUGUGGGACUUCUAUUUAAGCAGUUUCAGAGUUUGUCAUUUGAUGAUAAUAUUAUUCAUGUUACACCUUGUAUUUGUUUUA